UCUCGUCUAAAGAGGUGUCGUCGCGUGGUCGUGUUCUAUUUAGCGGAGAAGAUCUGUGGCAUGGUCAUGUUCUUCAAUGGAGAAGAUCGUUUAAAGGUCUUAGCAACCGUCCUCCACCACCGUUCUUCACUGUCUCAUGAAACUUCUACAGUAACCGUGUCAUAGCCAUUGCAAUUGGAGUGCGUUCGAUUUUGUCACUGCGUCGCGCCAUUGCUGUCAGUUGAAGCAGAAGGCAUGCAUGCGUUCAUCUUAAAGGAAACCUCCUUGCCACUAAAUUGUUGACGGGAACAAUGUACAACUACAUUUAACGGGAACGCAUGCAUGCGUUCAGUGAAUUGAGACUGUAUUUAAUCGACUGCGUCGUGUUAAUGAUGAACCUCAUAUUGUUCCAUCUAAUGUAAGUACAUUAUUCCCACAAGUUGGAAAACUAGCUGGUUCUUUUGCUUAUUUCACUCUAUCGGCAAAGGAAAAGUUGCAAGCACAUCGUCAUGUGCUAACUAACUGCACGAUAGUUGACCCGUUUCUGCAGGAAUUUAGAGACACUUUACGAAGACAACUAAGAAGCCGUACACGAUCAUCCUCUAUGAUAGACAAGAGGGUUCAUAGGGAAUUUGUAGAAUGGUUUUCACGUCGUAUAAGGAAUGAAUCAAUUGGUAUCCAUUCAAUUGAUUUAAAAUUCUUAGCUAUGGGUCCGAUUGAUUGUGCAAAGCGAUACAGUGCCUACAAUGUGAAUGGGUUCAAAUUUCGUAUAUUGGAGCGUGACCUUUGGCUUAAAACACAAAAUAGUGGAGUGUUUGGUACAUUUGGGACAAGGAGUUAUGCAAGUAGCAUUGAUGAUCAAAUGCGGUUUGGAGCUGAGCCAUAUUACGGUCGAUUGGUGGACAUAAUUGAGAUUAAUUGCCAUGGACAUUUCUCAGUUGUUUUAUUCAAAUGUAUGUGGGCUAAUACAACUUCUUCUAGAGGGAUUAUGACUGAUGACUUUGGAUUUACAUUAGUAAGUUUUUCACGUUUGAUCCACACUGGUGAUAAUGAUGAUGAUGAGCCAUACAUUCACGCAUCAGAAGCUCAAAUGGUGUAUUAUGUAGAGGAUGAGUUGGAUAAAAAUUGGUGCAUACAUGUACAUUUAAAGCCUAGAGACAUGUACAACAUGGGUGAAGAAGAUGUUGACAAUUUUCAUGAAUCUGAACCAUUUGAGCAACAAAACUUAGAAUUACUAUAUCCAGAUGAGGAUGGAAAUAUACAACUAGCAAGUGUGGGAGUCCUUUGUCCAAUAAUGAAACUUCAUAUCGUUUGGAAAAUCAGCUGAGCAACUUGAAGAAAUUUUGGAUUGCAAAUAAGCAACUUCAGUUUCCAGUUCUAGCUUGGAAUGCCUUAGACAGGAUUUCUCCUUCCCUGGCAUAUUGUCAGAUUUCAGCUAGUUCGUCUCUGCAGAUUCAACCUGUUUAUUUUUAGUCUGUGGUGGAGGAUGAGACAUCAAUUUUGCCUGUAUAUUUCCCAAUUCCUGACAAGAAAUGCUGAAUAUAUUUUCCUUUACAUUAUCAUCUCUGAUUUUUCUCCCAACCAACUCAUCUUGAGAAUUAAUCUUGUACUCAAAGCAAGUUGUUUUUGUUUCUAGCUAUAGAGUAUACAACACACUCCUGUUUCCACCCACCAACAACACCAAAGUGUCAAAAAAAUUAUUCUGCAUAAACUGUUUCUGUGGUUGAAUUUAACACCACACGAUCCUCUUAUCAUAGUUGAAUUAUUGAUGAAAUUUUUUUCUAAGAUUAACUAAGCAACAUCUAAUAUUGGUCAAGUCACUUAAAAGCUGUUGUCCUUUAUGUUCUUUCAAAUAUGCUCUAAUAACAACUGUCCUUAAUAAUUUUAUUUUUGAUUUCUUAUCUGGAUUCCUGUAAUUAUAUGGGUUGUUGAUUGUUAAACUUUUAGUGGCUGUUUGUGUUUCUUAUCUGUUCUGUACUUUUCAUCAACGAAUGAAAAUAGUGUAAUUAAAUAAUAUCUCCUUUAGAAUAACUAUGCCUCCUUGUGUAAGUUUGUGUAGGAAUUUUAAACUAAAUGUUUAAGCAGGCCAAAUACUAGUAUGUUCUGAAAUUUCGAAAAUAAUCUAAACAAGCGUGCGGACAAGUUUCUUGUAUGUAUCUUGUUGUUCAUAUGCAUAUCCUUAAUAUGCUGCGAGCCAUGAAUGUGUCUUAAGGAAACUUUAAUUGAAUAACUCGUUAAAAAAAAUGUUUUACAAAUAAUUGUUUAAAUUAUAUUUUUCUAACUUUAACAUUAGGAUCAAUU